AUGAAUAGGAACCUUGGGGGACCUGCGGAAGUGUAUUCAGCGGAUCAUCAGUGUAUUUGUUACUUGUGUGUUACUGACAAUCAUAAAAACCACAACAUGAUGUCUGUGGAUUCUGAAUGGACAAGUAAAAAGAAAGAGUUAAAGGAGAUAAAGGUGUCGUGUCAGAAGCUGAUCCAGGAGCGAGAGAGAGGUCAGCGGGAACUCAGUGAAGCUGUGAAGCUUCUUAAAAGUUCAGCGCUAGAGACCAUGGAGGACAUUGAGAAGGUCUUCACUGAGCUCAUCUGCUCUCUGGAGAAGAAACGCUCUGAGAUUAAAGAGCAGAUCAGAGCUCAGGAGAAGACUGAGAUAGAUCGAGCAGAGGAACUUCACAAACAUCUGGAUCAAGAGCUGACAGAACUCAGAAAAAGACAAGCAGAGAUUGACAAACUUCUGAUUAAUGAUGAUCAGAUCCAGUGUCUGAAGAGCUGUCAGUCUGUGUGUGUUUUACCCUCAUUUGAAGACGUUCCCAUCACUCAACACACUCAUCUGUCUUUUAAAGACAUUUCAAUCUCAGCAUUCAGAGAGGUUUUGGAGGACGUCUAUCAACAGCAGACAGACAAAAUAUCACAAGAAGAUUUCCGUGAACUUCACUUGGAUCUAAAUACUGCACACAAAAACCUCAAACUGUCUGAGGACAACAGGGAAAUAUCACAUACAUAUAAAGACCAGCAAUAUCCUGAUCACCCAGAGCGAUUUGAUUGGUAUAUUUAUAUCUUGUCUAGAGAGGGUUUGUACCGUCGCUGUUACUGGGAGGUCGAGUGCAGUGGGAACAUUUGGGCUGUAGCAGUUUGUUACAAAGGAAUUGGACGUAAAGGAAACAGUGAUUCCUGCAAACUUGGCUCCAACAAAAUAUCAUGGAGAUUGUCCCGCUCGCUACAGAAUGUCCAUUUCAUACAUGAUAAAACCCAAGUCUCAAUCCCCGGUGUCUGCUCCUCUAGAAUAGGAGUGUAUCUGGAUCACAGAGCAGGAACUCUGUCCUUCUACAGCGUCUCUGACACAAUGACUCUCCUUCACAGAGUCCAGACCACUUUCACUGAACCCUUAUACCCUGCAUUUUAUUCUGGUAAAGGUUCGUCUGUCAGGAUAAUAGAAGAGCAGAAUUUAAAAAUAUAA